AAGACGCUUUGAAAUCCGAAUUCCUUCCUUGACUGUGUACCUGCUUAAACACCACCUCCUCCUCCUCCUCUUCGCAUGGUCAACUCUAAACGCAUCCUCAUGGAACUCUCUCUCUCUCUCUCUCUCUAACACACGCGCGCGCACGGGCGCUCUUAUAGGAGGCUCCCAGCAGAGAAACGGACAGUGAACGGCGGAGCGCACGCGCAACGGACCUGCUGGUUAACUUGUCCGCUACCUAUUUCUCUCACUACCCUUUCCACAUACACACACACGCGCGCGCGCACACAAACUCCUCGUUCUUUUCGGCAGAAACCGUGAAGCGGACUACCAGGCUAACUAACGAGGCUAACUAACCGGCGGGGACGUGAAGAACCCUCUCUCCGUGUGCCUGUCCAGCCGUCUUCUCUCGCCCCGCUCCUCCGGUUCAACUGCCCCGGUCAGACUCAGAAGGAGCAACAGCCUCCGCCGGCGCACCAGCGAGGUAGAACAUUUGCCCCACAUCGAGCUGCAGCCAUGGAUGAGAUGGACCUGCCCCAGAUGAAGAAGGAGGUGGAGAGCCUCAAGUACCAGCUGGCCUUCAAACGAGAGAAGUCCUCCAAAACGGUGACCGAUUUGGUAAAGUGGAUAGAGGACGGCGUCCCGGAGGAUCCCUUCCUGAACCCGGAGCUGAUGAAGAGCAACCCGUGGGUGGAGAAAGGAAAGUGCAUCCUUCUCUAGAAGAAACCAACCACCACUGCCCAACCUUUCACCUUGAACCACUCUGACCAACACGCACCUGUAGAUGAGCCCCUGGACCUGACCCUCCUGUCCCCUGGCCUGUGAGGGCCACGGCUGGACAACGCACCCCAACCUCUCACCUUGAAUGUACGACAGCUGAUGUCCCCCCCCCACCCCCGACUUCCCCGAAUGCACUGCAACAAAGCACAGAGACACAAACACACACACACACACUUACACACUCCAAACUCUGGGUUUUUGCCCCCGACCGCCACACACAUCCACUGCAAGUUUAUUCCUGCCACGGCGAUUGCAUACGAUAUAUAUGAUGAUCAAUAUUCCUAUUACGUGUCUCUGUAUGAUAUAUGGUAUUUAUGCAGCUGCCAGUUCACACGCUUUCUACAAUCUCUACUCAUCAUUGUGUGCAUAGCACUUGUUUUUCUCUUCCAUUUUUGAUGCGUUGUAAUAAACUGUAGUCAAAUCCUCA